GCGUUUAGGUGCGCAUGUCAUAUAUGGGGUCGCCGGGUUUUAGCAGAUUUUCUUUUCUUUAGCUACAUGACCUAACUAGAUCAGCACAUGCUUGCUUAGCCAGAACGGUUAAGUUGGUCAUUCGGAGCCCCGGAUUUCAAAGUCAAGUACUCCGACUAUAUAACUAUCGGCCCAAUACAAAACCCCUCGUUUCUUCACCGGAGCUCCGGUUCGAAAUGAAGUGAAAACUAAUCGGAGCCAAGAAGAAGACGACGAUGGAUCAAAACCAGAGAUCGUCGUCGGCCUCAGCUUCGCGAGCUUACCAGUUCCACCCUGCCCGCGCUGCAAUCGUCAAUCUCUUUGACCUCUACUUAGGAGGAAAGAGCAGUAGUCGCCAGAAAUCAGAGGAUUCAAAUCGCGAACCUCCGAACAAGUCACAGAAGCGUGUGCUUGCACUCAAUAGAGAACUUCCUCCUCGAAACGAGCAGUUCCUUCUCGAUUUCGAGCAGCUCCAGAGCCAGUUUCCUGACCAAGAUCAACUGCGUGUUGUGACAGAGUCUGUGCUUAUAUCUCUAGUUGUGCAGUGCAGUAAUCAUGCACCACGGGCGGAGUUUCUUCUCUUUGCUUUAAGGAGUUUGUGCACAAUAGGUCACAUUAACUGGGAUAGUUUUUUGCCGUCCCUUCUUUCUUCUGUCUCCACGGCAGAAAUGUCAAUGGGUCAAGGGAGUCAAGCAAUGACGGGUAUUUCAUCACAGUCCAGUAUGCUUCCAAGUUCAAAUGCAAUUCCCAAUUCAUCUAACUUUCAAUCUUCAAAUCCUGCCUCUCCAUUACCUUCUGUUCAAGGAAUUGGUUCCCCCAGCCAGUCAGCUAUUGAACCUAUGACUGUGUCACCUGCUAAAUCAUCUGAUAUGCCCAGUAACGGACAGCAGGCUGCAGCAAGGGCCAAUUCAUCUAUAAGAGAUAAUGCAAUCAGCAGUCUACGUCAGUUGUGUUGCAAAAUUAUUUUGACUGGACUGGAAUUUAAUUUAAAACCAGUAACUCAUGCGGACAUAUUUUCUCAUAUGCUGAAUUGGCUGGUUAAUUGGGAUCAAAAACAACUGGGGACUGAUGAAUCUGAUGGCGUAAAGUCAUGGAGACCUGGGAAGGCACUAAUUGAAUGGCUGCAUAGCUGUUUGGAUGUGAUUUGGCUUUUGGUUGACGAGGAUAAAUGCCGAGUUCCCUUCUAUGAAUUACUCCGCAGUGGCUUGCAAUUCAUGGAGAACAUACCUGAUGAUGAAGCUUUGUUUACUCUAAUUUUGGAGAUCCAUAGGAGGCGAGAUAUGAUGGCUAUGCACAUGAAAAUGCUAGAUCAACACUUACAUUGCCCUACAUUUGGGACUCAUCGAAUUUUCUCGCAGACUACUCCUAGUAUUUCAGGUGAAGCAGUGGCAAGCUUGCGGUAUUCACCAAUCACAUAUCCAAGUGUACUUGGGGAACCAUUGCAUGGAGAGGAUCUUGCAAUUUCUAUUCCAAAAGGAAGUUUAGAUUGGGAGAGAGCGUUGCGUUGCAUAAGGCAUGCUAUUUGUACUACUCCAUCACCUGACUGGUGGAAACGUGUGCUGCUUGUGGCUCCUUGUUAUAGGGGUCCUUCUCAAGGACCUACUCCUGGUGCUGUUUUCACUUCUGAGAUGAUUUGUGAGGCAACAAUUGAUAGAAUUGUUGAGCUACUGAAGUUGACAAAUUCAGAUGUUAAUUGCUGGCAAGACUGGCUUGUCUUUUCAGAUAUAUUCUUUUUUCUUAUAAAAAGCGGCUGUGUUGAUUUCGUCUAUUUUGUGGACAAGCUAGUUUCACGCCUUACAGAGAGUGAUCCCCAUAUUCUUAGGACCAAUCAUGUCACUUGGCUUCUAGCUCAAAUUAUUCGGGUUGAGCUUGUGAUAAAUGCUCUAAAUUCAGAUGCUAGAAAGGUAGAGACAACUCGGAAGAUCCUAUCGCUUCAUAAAGAAGAUAGAAGCUCAGAUCCAAAUAGUCCUCAGAGUAUCCUGCUUGACUUUAUAAGCAGUUGCCAAAAUUUACGUAUUUGGUCAUUGAAUACAACAACUAGAGAAUAUCUGAAUAAUGAGCAGCUUCAGAAAGGAAAGCAAAUAGAUGAAUGGUGGAGACAUGCAAGCAAAGGGGAUCGUAUGAUGGAUUAUAUGAAUAUGGAUGAUAGGUCAAUUGGGAUGUUUUGGGUUGUAUCUUACACCAUGGCGCAACCAGCUUGUGAAACUGUGAUCAAUUGGUUAUCCUCUGCUGGAGUUGCAGAAUCGUUACCGGCAACAAACCUACAGUCCAAUGAGAGGUUAAUGGUUAUGCGGGAAGUCAAUCCAUUGCCAAUGUCAUUGUUAUCUGGCUUUGCAAUAAACCUGUGUUUAAAGCUGGCGUAUCAAAUGGAAGAAUCUUUAUUUUGCGGGCAGGUUGUACCUAAUAUUGCAAUGGCUGAAACAUAUUGCAGGUUACUGCUCAUUGCACCUCAUUCACUAUUCCGUUCUCAUUUCAACCAUUUGGCACAAAGGAGUCCUUCAGUAUUGAGCAAGCCCGGUGUUACUCUUUUGGUGCUUGAAAUUUUGAACUAUCGUUUGCUUCCACUUUACAGGUACCAGGGAAAAAGCAAAGCCUUGAUGUAUGAUGUAACAAAAAUAAUCUCUGCUCUGAAAGCGAAACGUGGAGACCAUCGUGUAUUUAGAUUGGCCGAGAACUUGUGCAUGAAUCUUAUUCUGUCACUGAGAGAUUUUUUCUUAGUGAAAAGGGAAGGGAAGGGUCCAACUGAAUUCACAGAAACUUUGAAUCGAGUAACUGUGGUCACUCUUGCUAUCAUCAUCAAGACAAGAGGAAUUGCUGAUGCUGAUCAUCUGCAUUAUCUUCAAACUAUGUUAGAGCAGAUAUUAGUUUCUAGUAACCAUACAUGGUCAGAGAAAACACUACGCUAUUUCCCUUCACUUCUUCGUGAUUUCUUGAUUCCUCGGAUAGAUAACAGGGGCAUUGCAAUUCAAGCAUGGCAGCAGGCAGAAACCACUGUGAUUAACCAAUGCACCCAGCUUCUGUCAUCAUCAGCUGAUCCUACUUAUGUUAUGACCUAUAUAAGUCAUAGUUUUCCUCAACACCGACAAUAUCUAUGUGCUGGAGCAUGGAUCCUGAUGCAAGGGCGCCCAGAGAACAUAAACAGUGUAAACCUGGCACGUGUCUUGCGAGAGUUCUCCCCUGAGGAAGUAACUGCUAAUAUUUACAUGAUGGUGGAUGUGCUGCUCCAUAACAUUCAGUUAGAACUUCAGCGCGGGCAUUCCUUGCAGGACCUCUUAGUGAAAGCAUGUGCAAACCUAACAUUUUUUAUUUGGACCCAUGAGUUACUUCCUUUGGAUAUUAUGCUUCUGGCACUUAUUGAUCGGGAUGAUGAUCCUCAUGCUUUGCGUAUUGUGAUUAGUUUACUUGAUAGGCAAGAACUUCAACAAAGAGUAAAACUAUAUUGUAUGAAUCGAGGCGCCCCUGAACACUGGCUUUACCCCGGAACCUUCAAACGAGUUGAAUUGCAGACAGCCCUUGGAAAUCAUCUUUCUUGGAAGGAUAGGUAUCCCGCAUUCUUCGAUGACAUUGCAGCGCGUUUGCUUCCGGUCAUUCCACUAAUAAUUUAUAGACUAAUUGAAAAUGAUGCCAUAGAUUCAGCGGACAGAGUUCUGGCCAUGUAUACUCAAUUUCUUGCUUACCACCCUUUUAGAUUUACAUUUGUUCGUGACAUUCUUGCAUAUUUCUACGGCCAUCUUCCCCCAAAGCUUAUUGUUCGAAUUCUGAAUGUACUUGAUAUCAGCAAGAUCCCAUUGUCUGAGUCAUUUCCGCAGCACAUCAAUUCAUCAAAUCCUGUCAUCUGCCCACCUCCAGAUUACUUUGCAACUCUCCUACUGGGAAUAGUGAAUAAUGUUAUACCUCCAUUACAUAACAACUCAAAAUCUGGAUCAGCUGGUGAUGGUUUAAAUAAUUCAAUGCGUGCUCCACCUAACAAGACUCCAGCAACCUCUCAAUCUGGGCAAACAAAUGCUUCUGAUGGCCAAAAAGCAUUUUAUCAAAUUCAGGAUCCAGGCACAUAUACUCAGCUGGUUCUUGAAACAGCAGUCAUUGAAUUACUGUCUCUUCCCGUAUCUGCAUCCCAGAUUGUAUCAUCUCUGGCUCAAAUUGUCGUCAAUAUACAACCAACGCUAAUUCAAUCCAGCAAUGGCCUGCAUGGAGCUACAAAUGGUGUUGGGCAAGGCUCAGUGUUACCAACAUCCCCUUCAGGUGGAAGCACAGAUUCCUUGGGCACAAACAGAUCAAGUCCUUCAGUUUCCGGAAUAAAUGUUUCUGGCUUUGUUUCUCGAAGUGGUUAUACAUGCCAACAAUUGUCUUGCUUAUUGAUCCAAGCAUGUGGCCAUCUACUGGCUCAGCUCCCUCCUGAUUUUCAUAAACAACUCUAUAUAGAGGCAUCACGUAUAAUAAAAGAAACAUGGUGGCUCAGUGAUGGCAAGAGAUCACUGGGGGAACUAGACUCUGCUGUUGGUUAUGCUUUGUUGGACCCAACAUGGGCUGCUCAAGACAACACCUCAACAGCCAUUGGUAAUAUUGUUGCUCUGCUUCAUUCAUUUUUCAGUAACCUCCCACUGGAAUGGCUAGAAGGGACCCAUCUUAUCGUCAAACAUCUCAGGCCAGUGACAUCAGUUGCAAUGUUGAGAAUAGCAUUCCGUAUAAUGGCUCCGUUGCUCCCAAAGCUUGCCAAUGCUCACAACCUCUUUAAUAAGACCCUCUCAUUGAUUUUCAAUAUGAUGGUGGAUGUCUUUGGGAAGAAUGCUCAGCCAUCAACUCUUGUUGAGCCACUAGAAGUGACAGAUCUUAUAGACUUCUUCCAUCAUAUCGUCCACUAUGAAGGACAAGGAGGGCCUGUGCAGGCUAACAGCAAGCCGAGACCAGAGGUUUUAGUUCUGUGUGGAAGAGCUGCCGAAAGUCUACGUCCAGAGAUUCAGCAUCUUCUUUCGCACUUAAAACCCGACAUAAAUUCUUCCAUUUAUGCUGCUACUCAUCCUAAGUUGGCACAGAGCACAUCGUAAAAGGGGAUUUAGCAUUAGUAGUGGAUACCGUUUCUCUUAAAUGUACGUAUCCUUCUUGGAAGAGAUUUCCUUUUUGCCUGUAAAUAUGAAUGGUAAUUUUUAGGAAACAGCUAGGUUUUUUUAGUGUUUAAAGAAGAGGAAAAGGUACCGUUGUAUGAUUAGUUAUUUUUGGAUUCCUGUUCUUAAGAAUAAUAGAAAAAUGCAAUGCUUCCAAGUA